GCUUGGACUCUGGUCGACCCCCCUGCUCUGCUCCUAUAUAUACCCCGCUCGGCGUCGCGCCAUGCCAUGCCAGCCACAAACCCGAGCGUCCAAUCAGCUAGCAAGUGUAGCGGCUGACUGGGUGCGCGCUUGGGCUAGCUUUGUUUGUUUGGCUGAGGCGAGGGCACCUGAGAUCCAUGGCGGCGGAGGCGAGGAGGAGCAGCAGCGCGGGGCUCGUGGCCGCGGCCGCCGUCGUCGUGGCGCUGCUGGCGCUGGCGCCCGGGGCGUCCCGGGCGGAGCGGUUCGUCGUCGGGGACGCGGCGCGGUGGACGUGGGGGUACAACUACACCGACUGGGUCCUCAAGAAGGGCCCCUUCUUCCAGAACGACACCCUCGUGUUCAUGUACGACCCGCCGAACGCGACGGUGCACGCGCACAGCGUGUACAUGAUGCGGAACGCGGCGGACUACCAGUCGUGCAACCUCAAGGCGGCCAAGCUGGUGGCCGGCGUCACGCAAGGCACCGGCGCCGGCUUCGAGUUCGUGCUCAGGAAGCGCAAGACGCACUACUUCGUCUGCGGGGAGCGCGGCGGCAUCCACUGCACCAUGGGGCAGAUGAAGUUCACCGUCAAGCCCAAGAGCUCCGCAUGCCGGGACUGACCCGCCACCGCCGGACGAUCGACCGGAUCGGCGUCUUGGCCUUUCUUCUGCAUGCCACCUUCUAUGAUUCCAGUUCAAUCGCUGUCCCUUCUUCGAGCUUUUAAGUUAUUAAUUGAUGUAUUUACACGGUGUUGUUGUUGCGUUGUGUAUUUGUAGUGUCUUGCUAUUUAUACAUGAAUGGUUGGCUGAAUAAAAAGGAGUGACUUAGUGAGUUGUCAAGUGUUGUUAACUUGUUUCAAGGGAGAAUGUAAUGAGAAUUGAGGAACCAUAUGUAGUAGUUGCUGCA